UAGAGGUGCUCCUCCCCGAGUACACAGGAGGUGGUGGAUCUCCUGGGUCUGUGAGGAGAGGAGGCUGUGCAGGCACAGCUCCGAUCCAGCCAUAGGAACUUCGAUAUCUAUGGCCAGAUCGCUUGGGGCAUGGGGGAGAAGGGUUACAACAGGGACACGUAGCAGUGCCAUGUGAAAAUCAAGGAGCUGUGACAGGCGUACCAGAAGGGAAGGGAGCCAAACAGUCGCUCUGGUGUGGAGCUGCUGACCUGCCACUUCAAGGAACUGCAUGCCAUCCUCGGCAGUGACCCCACCCCCACUGCCCUUGGGGAUACUUUGGGGGAGCUGGAGUCACAGGCCACUGAAGUGAACCCUGAGGAGGAGGAGUAUGGGGGACAGGCGACCGGAGGGUGUCCAGUGGAGCAGCAAGCCAGGACCUCUUUUUGACUCCUGAGCAGAAGAGCCACUCCCAGCAGUACAGCACUGGUGAGCCUGAUGCAGGGGAAGGGACCUCUGCCGCUCCAAAUGUGGCCUUGAGGGUCUCUCCCUCCACACUAGUGGAGCAGCUUGGCCAGAUACGGAGGAGAAAGAGGAGGACAAGGAAAUGGUUUACUCAGAAGACGAAGAAGGUUCGCUGUGGCCAGGAAGCUGUCUUCGGAGAGCUCUUUCGCUGGCCACAUUAUGGGAAGCUCAUUAUGGAAGAGAUGCUGCUAGUUAAAGUUUACAACUGCAGUAAAGUUUUCAGUAACAGAGUGCUUGGUACCUUAGUCAUCAGCCUUCAGCACCUAGUGACAUCUGGACGCCUGACCCUCAGAGAGGCCCUCGUUGACAAGAACCACAGCAUCACUGGGAUCUAUAUCGAGCUAGAUUUGCGCUACCAGCCUCCAGAUGGCUCAGCGGGUACAUGGCUUGAAGAGGAUUUUGUCUACCAGAUGAAAGACAGCUCCGAGUUAAUUAUCCGCAACGCUGGAUUCGAGGAGCUGCAGCCAGCUGACGUGAAGCGAGCUCAUGAGCUGGAUAAGAAGGCCACAGCACUGGGCAGGAAGCUGGUGAAGGGCCUAGAGACUGACGAGGAGGAGGAGGAGUAUGAUGAUGAGUCUGAUAUGGAGUUCUUGGGCAUCGUCUUCAGCCCUGUCAAGAGCCGUUCCAGACGCCUCUGCAAGUGGGACCUGUUUGCCACUCCUAGACCACAAAGCUUCCAGAUCGGGAUCAAUGUCAUUGAAGCUCAGAAGCUGGUGGGGGUGAACAUUGACCCCUUUGUGGUGGUGAAGGUUGGAGAAGAGAAGAGGCACACGGCUACACAAAAGUCAACGAACUGCCCCUUUUACAAUGAGUAUUUUGUGUUUGAAUUCCAUGAACCAAGGGAAGUUUUAUUUCACAGACUCAUAGAGAUUUCCGUUUUUCAUUCAAAGAAGAUCCCGUUCCUGGGAACACGCAUAGGAACAUUCAAAAUCGACGCCGAGACUGUGUACAGCCAGCCAGAUCACAGGUUCUUUCAGAAGUGGGCUGUCAUCAAUGACCCAAAGGACACCAGGGCAGGAGUGAAAGGAUUUGUGAAGUGUAACAUUUCUGUCUUUGCACGAGGUGAUAUAAUGGGCUCCCUUCCCACUUCCUCUAGCAGCCAGAAUGAAGACAUUGAAAAGAACUUGCUGCUGCCUAAGAGAGUCCCAGCUGAGAGACCCUGGGCCAAAAUCUGCAUCAAAGUUUACCGAGCCGAGGGCCUGCCCAGCAUGAGUGCUGGGAUCAUGGGGGGGUUCUCAAAGAUUGUGGGCGAGAAGAAAGUUUUCAUUGAUCCAUAUGUGCAGGUGUCAUUUGCCGGGCAACAGGGGGAGACCUCGGUGGAAAAUGACACUGCAGAACCGGAGUGGAACGAGCAGAUCAGCUUCAUCGAGAUGUUCCCUCCUCUUGCCAGAAAAAUAAAAGUCCAACUGUUAGAUGAUGCAAACAUUGGGGACGUGGCGCUCGCUACGCACUUCAUUGACCUGCAGCAGAUAUCUGACCCUGGGAGGAACGGCUUUAACCCCACAUUUGGCCCAUCCUGGGUGAAUCUCUAUGGCUCUCCCCAGAACUCGGCUCUGCGGGAUGUCCACAAGGAUCUGAACGAGGGCCUGGGGGAGGGCAUAUUCUACCGUGGCCGCAUCCUCCUGGCCAUUUCUAUGGAGAUUUUCAGCAGCCCCAGCGCAAUAGAUGGCAAGCGCAAGGAGGUGCUGAGGGGCACCUUGAGCAAACUGACGCUGAAGAAGAAGAAGAGUAAAAAGGCCAAGGAGAAAUCCAAGGCCAGCGCCAAAGAGCAGAGCCAGAGGCAAGGUGGGGACGAGGCUGGCAGCCCCGAGGAGGCAGAGCAGCCCAGUGAGGUCACUGUGGAGGUGGAGGAGCUCCAUCCGCUCCCAGAGAACUCACUGGGAGUGAAGGAAGAAUUCCUCCUCUACGCUGCCUUCUUUGAAGUGACUAUGAUGGACCCCUCCAUAGGCUCCAAGCCUGUCCGUUUUGAGAUCUCAAUAGGGAACUAUGGGAAAGCUGAAGAGGUUGUGACCAAAAUCCCUAAGAAAGGUCAGAAAGGAGAAGGGCCUGAAGACAAGCAGCCUUUGCUGGAUCCCAGUUCAGACGAGGAGCUGGAUAUUGAAGUUAUGGCCCCAAGUCCAACUUUACAGAAUAAAUCCAUGACAGAAAGCCAAAGGCCAGAGCCCACUGAAUAUGACAGUUCUUACAGCUGCCUGCCCUUGCUGCAUGAGAAGCCCUGUGUGUACGUCUGGAGCUAUUGGGAAGAUCACACCUGGAGGCUCUACAAUUCCAACUGGAUUGUCAAAAUAGCAGAACGCCUGGAACAUGGACUGGAUGACGUGGAGACGCUCAUGAGGAGGCCAAAGUCUAAAGCAGAAGACAGACUCAAGCAGGUGCUGGAGGAGUUUGUAGCUGGAUGCAGGCAGUAUUCACUGAAUGCUGAGAAAAAAAUGAUGUCACGUCCAAACAACCUCGACAGAUGUCGGCUGAAAUCCCUGACACACAACAUUAUCCUGUAUGCGAAGCAGGGGCUCCGCGUGAGGAGGCGGCUGACUCGAGCCAACGUGAAGGAGAAAGUGAAUGACACAAAGAGAAUCCUAGGAAAGCUGCGCUCCCUGGCUAAAGAGCCCCAGUGCACGCUCCCCGAUGUCUUACUCUGGAUGUUCAGCAAUAAUAAGCGAGUGGCAUACACAAGAAUUCCUGCACAAAAUGUCCUCUACUCUGUAGUGGAAGAGGAGAAAGGCAAGGACUGUGCAAAGAUCCAGACCGUCUUUUUAAAGGUCCCAGGGUCACGCACCGGAGAGAUCUUUGCGAAACUAGAGAUCUAUAUGUGGCUGGGGGUGACCAAGUACGUGAAGAACAGCACUGCAGAACUGCCCGAGGAGUUCAAGCCCGUCUAUGAGAGUGGCCAGCAGACAGCGCGGCUCCCAUCGCACAUGCCCCCUAGCCGGCUCAGCAGGGACGACUUCAGUUACUUCCAGCUGCGAGCUCACUUGUACCAGGCUCGGGGGAUCCUGCCUGCUGACGACAAUGGCCUUUCAGACCCAUUUGCAAGAGUGGUGUUUUCGACUCAGUGCCAGACCACCAGGACCUUGGAGGAAACCCUGAGCCCGUUGUGGAAUGAGCUACUUUUAUAUGAUCAGCUGAUUAUUGAUGGGAGGAGAGAGGAUUUGAAGACCGAGACCCCAGUUGUUGUCAUCAAUAUCUUUGACCAUAAUAAAUUUGGUUCUCCAGAAUUUCUUGGCCGGGCCUUUGCUACUCCACAGGUGAAGCUGGUGGAUGAACCAUACUGCAAACCUGCCCUGCAGUUUUUUGACAUUUACAAAGGAGCCAGAGCAGCAGGGGAAUUAAUUGCUACCUUUGAGCUGAUCGAGCUGGAUUACAGCGGCUACUUGGAGCCUUCAGUGCCCAAAGACGUGGAGCCCAAGGAGCCAGACUUCCUGGAGGAUCCCCGUUCUGGACGCUUCAUUAUCCCAGAGGGAAUCCGGCCCAUCCUCAAAGAAUUCCGCAUAGAGAUCCUGUUCUGGGGCCUGCGAGACUUGAAGCGGGUGAACCUGUUUGAGGUAGAUCAGCCCCAGGUGAUCAUCGAAUGUGCUGGGAAGAAAGUGGAAUCGGAAGUGAUCGUGUCAUACAAAGAGAACCCCAACUUCAACGAGCUGGUCAAAUACAUCAACGUGGAGCUCCCGGAGCAGGUGUACCUGCACCCACCCCUAAGUAUCUUUGUGGUGGAGCAGCGAGCUUUUGGGCGCACCGUGCUGGUGGGGACCCACGUGGUGUCCCAUAUCAUGAAAUUCUCUCCCAGAGAGCUGGAGGAGCUGGAGGAGGGGCCAGAAAAUCCGGCCAAAGCACGGAAAGCCUCUGCUCGACCCAACAUCUCCCAGACUGUGAUCAACAUUGGCCUGACUGCUAGCGACAUGGGCAGCAAAGCAAACCCCCUGAAUCUGGUGAAGGCUCCUCUGAAGAAAAUUCCUAUCAAUAAACUCAUAAAGAAAGAGGAUGAGUUUGAGGAGGAAAAGCCAGAGUUGGAAGAACUGGAUUGGUGGUCUAAGUACUAUGAGUCCUUAAAGGAAAUGAGCAACCAGUGCAAUAGUGACGAGGAGGACGGGGACAACGACGACCCGAAUGAGGCAGAUGGAGGGAACUUAAAUGUGGACUCUUUUGAUGUGGAAGCAGAAAAUGGAGUGAUAGUUGAAGCCGAGCCAGUGAGGCCCAAAAGGAAACUCAUAGCUACGCUGCAGAUCUACAACUCAGAGCUGGAAAACGAGUUUGAUAAUUUUGAAGACUGGCUGUAUAUCUUUCCGCUUCAUCGGGGGAAGGCGAAUGAGGAUGAGGAUGGAAAUGAGGAUGAGAACUUUGUGGGGAAGUAUAAGGGUUCAUUCUUCGUUUAUCCUGCUGAGGAGGCAGGUACAGAGCACAAGAUCUCACAGGGGGUUCCCAGAAACAGACCCAUCAAGGUGCUUGUCCGAGUUUAUAUUGUUAAGGCAACGAACCUGGCUCCGGCAGACCCCAAUGGCAAGGCAGAUCCCUAUGUGGUGGUAACACUUGGGCAAGAGAAGAAGGACACAAAGGACCGCUACAUCCCUAAGCAGCUCAAUCCUGUGUUUGGAGAAGUUAUGGAACUGAGCAUAUCCUUUCCGAUGGAAUCAGAACUCACUGUUUCAAUAUUUGACCACGAUUUGGUUGGGUCUGAUGACCUAAUUGGGGAGACGAAGAUUGACUUGGAGAACCGAUUCUACAGCAAACACCGAGCUAACUGCGGAGUGGCCUCCCAGUAUGACACAGAUGGCUAUAACAUGUGGCGAGAUGCUUUCAAGCCCACACAGAUCUUGGAGAGUUUGUGCAAGAAGAGCUCUCUCCCCUCCGCAGAGUACAGGCGGGAGGAGGUCAAAGUGAACAACAAGAUCUUCAAGGUCCCUCCUGAGGCUUUCCCUGAAGAGGCCUUUGUGAAAGACAAGAGAGAAAUGGACGACGAGACUUUGUCAGCAUAUGAUGAGCAGAAGGCUUUGUAUGUCCUGCAGCACUGGGAUGAGAUGCCAGAGUAUGGGCACAAACUGGUCCCGGAGCACGUGGAGAUUCGGGGCCUUUACAACGCAGAGAACCCCGGGCUCGUGCAGGGCUCCCUCCACAUGUGGAUUGACAUGUUUCCAAAUGAUGUCCCAGCACCUCCCCCUGUCAAUAUCAAGCCACGGCUGCCAAUCAGUUACGAGCUGCGUGUCAUCAUCUGGAACACAGACGACGUGGUUCUUGAUGACGUUAAUCCAAUAACAGGAGAAACCUCCAGCGACAUCUACGUGAAAAGCUGGAUCAAAGGUCUGGACCAUGAGAAACAAGAAACAGACGUUCACUUUAACUCCCUGACUGGGGAAGGCAACUUUAACUGGAGGUUUGUGUUCCACUUCGACUACCUCCCUACCGAGAAGGAGAUCUCCUAUAAGAAGAAGGACUCCAUCUUCUCCCUGGAGGAAUCUGAGUUUAGGGAGCCAGCUGUCCUGGUCCUUCAGGUCUGGGAUUAUGACAGGAUUUCAGCGAAUGACUUUCUAGGGUCCAUUGAACUGAAGCUGAACGACAUGGUGCGGGCAGCCAAGAGUUCUGAGCAGUGCACCGUUAAGAUGGCCAAGGAAAAGGCCACCCCCCGCUUCUCCAUCUUCCGGAACAAGCGGAUGAGGGGCUGGUGGCCCUUCAUCAAACUGAAAGACCAGGAAGAUGAGGAGCGAGAGGAGCGAGAGGCCAAGGAGAAGAAGAAGAAGAAGAAGAAGAGGAGGUCGAUUAAGCCGGAAGACAUUGAGUUUACAGACCCCAGUGGGAACAAGUACCUCCUGACGGGUAAAGUGGAAGCUGAGUUCCAGCUACUGACUGUGGAGGAGGCCGAGAAGAGCCCUGUUGGUCUGGGCCGAAAAGAGCCUGAACCCCUAGAGAAGCCCAACCGUCCAAAAACAUCCUUCAACUGGUUUGUGAAUCCCAUGAAAACCUUCAUCUUUUUUAUCUGGAAGCGGUACAAGAAGUACAUCAUUGCUUUGGUCAUUAUUGCUGUGGUGACCAUCUUCCUGGUCCUUUUACUCUACACAAUGCCUGGGUACAUCAGCCAGAAGAUCAUCAAUGGAUAAGUGCAGUCAGAGACUGGGCUCCCCAGAGGACCAUGGCUGUGGCUCCAGAAAUUGACACUUUAUACCAAAGUUUUUAAGGACAGUUUGCCGGUGACUGAAGGUGCUGGGACUCUUUGUAAUGCUGCAUCAGGAGGAAGAGGAGUGGAGAAGCUGCCCUUUCUGGGUAGUUGUAUUUCACGCUUAGAACUUGUGAUACACUGUGAUCGUAGCACUGUGGAGCAGAGCGAUAAUGAUUUGGGAAAAUUGUUUGGUUUUCGUUGGUUGGGAGGAAUCUGUCCCAGCUGGGGUUGGCUGUGGGGAGAUUUGCAACAAACAUCAGCUCUGUACCUCUCUCCCUUGAGCUAAGCAGAGGAGCCUCUCUGAGAGCCGUGGGAGUAGCGGUGCUGCUUUCGCUGCAUGGCUUCAGCGUAAUAACGCGGCGGCUUUUCACCCGGAGAGCUUAGCGCACUUUACAAGGUGGCUGUCCCCUUUGUACAGGUCAGAGAGUCAGAGCACGUCUGCACUAUGGAGACGACAGUGCUAUGGCUGUACAGACACAACCUGUCCCAGCGGACACCAGGGGUUAGGUUAGAGCUGGGUCCGUCAGGGGGUGUUUUGUCACAGCUCUGACUGAUGUAGCCGUGUCAGCCUGGCGGUCAAGUGUAGACCAGGCCUCAGUGGCAGAGCUGGGACCAGCAGAGUGACAAGUAGAGAAACUAGAGAGGAGCUGCAGCAGGCCAGCAAAGUGAGGAGCGGAAAAGAAUGAAGGAGCCAAACUGGUUGUGACCCUCACCAUGACCUGGGUACGGGUGAGGGACAGGCAAAGUCUGAGGCCACUUGUGAGCUGGGAAUUCCCAGCCAGGCGUGUCUCCCCCCUCCCCCCCCCUCCUCAGCCCACCCUUCACACUGCUGUUAAACACGCGUCUUCCCACAUAGUCAGGCUGGACUUGAAGCUCUCUUUAAUCCUUGUGUUAGACCUUUACUCCCGCUGGAAUAGAAAACCCCAAAGGAUCUGACCCAUUACUUGGUGCUUCUCUCCACUCGGCAUAGGGUUUCCCAGCUGGCUUUCAGAGGCCUGGUCUGUACCCAAACUUAGCUCAGCCUAAUUACAUUGCUCAGGGCUAUGAAAAUGUCCCACUCUGGGCACUAUUUGGGUUCCCUAACCCCCACUGUAGAUACAAGAAUUCUCCCAUUGAUCCUGCUGCCGCCGCACGACGGGGCAGGUUAACUAACAAUCCCGCCUUGAGUUGCUGUAAUAAGUGUCUACACUGCAGGGACGCAGUGCAGCUGUGCCUCUGGCGUGUCUGUAGUGUAGCUAUACCUGGAGAGUGUGAGGGCUACUUGUUUGUCUGGUUCAGACUCAAUCCCAGGGCUUCCUUCUCUCUCACACUAACUGAGCGGGGGGAUUAACAGUCACUCCUGUGUUGUGUUUUGCACCAGAUUUGUAGAUAUUUAUAUGGAUGCUAUUUAUAUGAGCAGUGCAAAGUGGCACCAGACUGAGGUAAAUCAACUGUUGAGAAAUAUCCUCAGAGCAGCUUCCACCUCUGCUGCAUUCUUUGCGCUCUGGGUUUUGAUUUUACUGAUACAAGUCAGUAGGGAUACGAUUUUGUCAUGGUAAAAUUAAGCAAAAUUCAUUGAAUAGUCACGCUAAAAAUGUACAAAAUCAGGGUAUGGUUGGGGGGGGGGGGAGGGGGCUGAAGCUGAAGCCCAAGGCAGGGUGGGGCUGACAGCCCGAGUCCCCCUGCCGUGGGGCUGGCGCUGAAACACCAAGCCCUGCCACCAGGGGGCUGAAAGCUGAGUCUCGCUGCCACGGGGGCUGACAGCCUGAGACCCCCACCCCGGGGGGCUGACACCCCGAGCUCCACUAUCCCGGGGGGGAUGAAGCCAGAGCCCCGCCGCCCCAGGGGGAUGAAGCCAGAGUCCCGCCGCCCCGGGGGGAGGGAUGAAGCCAGAGCCCUGACGCCCCAGGGGGGGAGGGAUGAAGCCAGAGCCCCGCCGCCCCAGGGGGGAGGGAUGAAGCCAGAGCCCCGCCGCCCCAGGGGGGGAGGGAUGAAGCCAGAGCCCCGCCGCCCCAGGGGGGGAGGGAUGAAGCCAGAGCCCCGGCGCCCCACUCACUGUCCAGGAGGCCCCUGCUACUGUGCACUGACAGCGCUCAGCUUGUGCAGACAUACACAUGAGUGCACUACAAAUAGUGUAUCUGGGGAGCCCCAGCAGCAGCUAGUGGCAGCAUGGGCUAGCAGUGCCAUGUACGUGCGCAUGGGGUCCAGGCGGGUUUGCACUCGGAGGGACUGGCCCAUGCUGCCACUUGCCGCUGCCUGUGCUACGAUGGCUACACUGCUGGUUUUAGCACAUUAGCUCGAUGAGAGCCAGUGUGAGUAUGUCUGUGCAAGCUGGGAGUCACACCCCAGCUCCAAGUGUAGACGUAGCCUCAACGUUCCCAAGUGUGCUUUGAUCUGUGUCUGUUGAAACAGCAGCGUGCUACACCCCCUAGUGCACAUCAGUGUUCUACACCUCCUAGUGCACAGCAGCGUGCUACAUCCCCCUAGUGCACAGCAGCGUGCUACACCCCAUUAGUGCACAGUAGUGCUACACCUCCUAGUGAAUAGCAGUGUGCUACACUUCCUAGUGCACAACAACAGGGGCCAUACAGACAGGCCUGGUCUACACUGAAACUUUUGAGCAGCAUAGUGACAGAGCGCGCCCUGAGUGAUGUAGCUCUACCAGCCUAAACCCUGCUGUAAACGUGGCCAGGUUGAUGGGAAAUUCUUCCAUCAGCUACCACUGCUCAGGAAGGUGGAUUACCUAUAUCCCCGGGGAAACCCCUUUUGUUGCUGUUGGAAGCAGCUACAGUACUGUGUUACAGUGGUGUAGCUGUGCUGCUGUAGUGCCCGUAUGUAGACAUGGCCUUAGCGCAUGGUAGGCUGGAGCGCUGUAGAUUUACACCCCAGAUUGCCACAUACUAAUUCGCCAUAUAGACAAACCCAGUGUAAUUCAUUUAGUGGUUGCACCCAACAUGCAUAUUUCGCCUCAUCUAAUCUCAUGCUUCACUGCAGGCUCAGCUAGCCUGGGUUUGCUCUUCAGUUACUGGCACAGAACAGCACCACCGCACAUUCUCCUGCCCUGCCCAGAUCCUCCGGUUUGUGGGUGGGACUCACAGCUGGUUACCUCUCCUGUUCCAGCUGGUUUGGGUGUUGCCCAUGCAGGCUAGAGCUGGUGAGGCUCCUCCCUCUGGCAGAUGGCUGGGAAGUGAUGCUGUUAGACCACGAUUAGAAAGGGCCUUCUGCUUGCCCUGGCGUUGCCAUGAGGCCUGGUCUCCACUAGGCAGUUAGGUCAGUAGAACUACGUUGCUCAGGUGUGAAAAACACACACACACACACCUCCCACCCCUUCCACGGGUGAUGCAGUUAAACCGCCCUGACCCCCGGUGCAGACAGCGCUCUGUCGACAGGCGACUUCUCCCCUUACCUAGCGACUGCCUCACGGGGAGGUGGAGUAACUACACCAAUGGGAGAUGGCCUCCCCUCAGUUUGGCAGAGUCUACACUGACGUGCGACAGUGUUGUAAGUGUAGACAACCCUCAGCCAGACUCCUGGGGAACUGAAACCACCAGACUAGUAACAGAUCCAGAGCCACUGAGCUCUUUAAUAUGAGAGGUUCCUGCCGCUCAGCAUGGGCAGUAAUGGGCCAGGGCUGUCAGUGGUUUCCUGCCCCAUGGCUGCAGCAGGCAGCAAAGAAGGGCCACCUCACUUCCGGGGGUUUCUAUAUGAAGCCAGCCAGGGCCUUCCAGCUUGUCCAUGGACUCUGCCGUUGUGUGUGUUAAGGGAAGGGCCUGAGACUAGCUGUGUAUUGGAGAGGCAGUGCUGAGCAGGGAAUGUUGGUCUGCAGAGCCCCAAGCGUGAUUGUGAUGCUUCACUUGGGGUCCCCCUGUGACUCCUCUCAGCCUCAGCAGCUGCUAAGCUCUGGGUCAGCUCCCUGACACACCAGCCUGUCUGCCGUGCCAGCAAACUCCACAGGACUCCAUCAGUCCAACCUUGCCUAGUAGGCAACAGCCAGGGGGCCCAGUUCCCGAGCUCCCCAGAGACAUCUCCCUGCAGUGCCUAGUCCCUCUCCCCCUGCUGCCUCCAAAGAGAAAGUAUGCACAGCAGCCUGGUAGGUGAGCUGAGAGCUCACGCUCCAGGUUACUACCCUGAGCUGAGAUGGUUUUGUAGUAAAACCAGAAUCAGUUUAUUAACAAAGGGCAGAGAUUUAAGUGCUGAUAGGAAAGGAUGAAAGAGACAGGCAGAGUUACAAAUAAAACAACCCAAAACACGCUUCCUAGUGACUCAAACUUAAUUUCAGCACGUUACAAUUUCUGUCUAAGCAGGUUUCUCACCUCUAGUCAGUUUCCAGCUCCUGUUGCCUCCCAGGCUAAGAAGAUCCACUUUCAUUAAGUCCACAGGUGCAGCUCCUCUUUGUCUCCUGGGGAUCGAUGACUCAAAUGUCUCUGGCCCUUCUCUCCAAAGGUGCCACAGGACCCUCUGUUGCUCUCUCCAUAUAUUACCCCAAAGUUCAUGGUCUCUGAUUCAAGAGCCAGGAGGGCUCCCCAGGAUGCAGGCUCCAUCCUCCGAGGUGACUGUUAAGUGGUCAUCUCCCCGACUUGCUGGCUUUGUUUACCUUAUAUGUAAAUGUAUUUUCAAUUGUCCUCUGCAAUCAAGCUGGCCAGCAAGUAAAUGCCCAUUCCUUUGUCUAGGACAGGCUGGGUCGAUGGGCUGCCUGGCAAACACAUUUUAAGACCAUAUUUCCAGCCUCUGUAACUCUUUGUCCAUGAUUUCAGGACCACUGGACUGCCAGUUUGCAGAUGAUACUUUACAUGAUGCCGGCUAGCUACAGUGAGUUGUGGCCUGGUGUGUGCUCUGCCAGCUAGCCUGGAGGGGCUCCCAGGAGCAGUGUCACUGAGGACAGACAUGUUGCCAGGCUGCAGCUCAGAGCCUGUUACAGUCAGCAGGAAUGAUCUUAACCGGGACCUGAAAAUACUAAAGCAACUGACCUGACGUGUGCUCUCCGCUCCUCCUGUGAGCCCCACCCCCAUGCUCCUGGCUGCCAGCUCUUCCUCGGUGAGACCCCCAGGCUCAGCCCAGCCUAAAGCCUCAGGGGCUGCAGCUUUGGCCAGUUGUGUGGAUUUCCUGGCGCUUUCUUACCUUCUGUCCCAGAGGAGGGUCACAGCAACAGCCAGCCUCAGCACCCACCUUGGGGUCAACUGCAAAGCCCCUUACAAGCCCCAGGGGCCAGGAGAGACUGCACGGGCCCUUCCCGUCCCACUCCUCUGCCUGCACUGAUGCCAGCCACAAGUCCAGGCCAGAGGCAGCAGGGUCUGUGUGCCCCAGAGUGGGGCUCUGGCCUGCUGCAGCCUCUCAAAGAGGGCCCCUUCCCAGAGCCCCUGGAGGGAUUCUGGCUGAGCCAGGCCAAGUGCCCCUGGACUCCUGCUGCCACAUAGCCCCCGUCUCAGCCCCACACCCUGCCGCCAUGGUGGCUCCAAAGCCAGCAUGUGGGGCCUAGACCCACACGUGCGCUAACUCGGGGGUGUUUAAAACGUCACAGCACGCCAGCUUGGACUUGGCGCAGCCUUCACACCCACCACAAACACACACGCGUGAGCACACACCACCAUACCGUGCGCACACGCUGAGGAGGGAGCCUGCAUGAAGGCUCCCUGGAAUAGGUCCAAAAAUCUCAGCCCUGUGGUGGUGGUGGUGGAGUGUGCAGGCUGGGCUCGGCCCACCACUGCCCCGGCCACCUCCACCCUGCUGGGACUUCAGCCCUUCCCUUCUGGCUGCAGAGCUGAGGCCUGGCCAGCUCCUGGGACUGGGAGAUGCUGGGGCCAUUUAAAGCACUCGUGUGGUAGGCAGGUGUCUGGGCUAGUGCUAGCCUCAUGCAGGGCCUUUGUGUUCAGUGCCAAGAGCUCCCUCUUGCCUUAUUCCCCCGCCCUGCUGUCCUGGACACAGGGCUCAGCCAUGGAGAGGGAAGUGCUAAGUGCGCAGGUGCCUCCAGGAAUGGCCAGCAUGGCAUGUAGCCAGAGCGCCUCCCUAUAUGCUGCUCUGCACUGCCUGCCUGCCCGGUGGGAGGGGCCUGAGUUCCUGGGGCAGAUUUUGACGUGGCUGUUGUUUCUGGCGGUGUGGGUCAAGGUGCAUAACGGCACAGUCCUUCUCCCCAGCACGUGGGGCGGUGGGCCAGCCCUGUGGGGAGGGCAGGUGUUGGAGGUGGCAUGACAGGCGUCUUGGAGUGAACUGGGGACUUUGGCGAUGGGAUAGAUUUGUAGGGGCCCUGGGGCUGGGUGGAGUGUUGUAGCAGUGGAGGUUGUGGUUGGGAGCAGUGGUGCUAGAAGACCAAAGGUCCAUCUAGCCCAGUAUCCUGUCUUCGGACAGUAGCCAAAGCCAGGUGCCCCAGAGAAAAUGAACCGAACAGGUAAUCAAGUGAUCCAACCCG